AUGGCAGAUUACCAAAGCUCGAUCACCGGCGAUCACGACGAACCUCUGUCGAAGCCUUUCGCUUCUUACGAUGAAGCUCGACUAAGCUUUUUCUAUCUGUCUGGCUUGUGUCACGCGUGCAUCGGCGAAGGAUCACGCGCACGUCUAGCUCAUACUCCACAGGAGGUCAUUGAGUCCUCGCUCAUGGCACACCGCGAUGCCUUACUCGACAACCUCCGAUCCUUCAAGGAACGCUUCAUGCCGUUACUUGAGGCCGCAUUGUGCGCCACGGGAGCUGUCAGUGACCAGAUCGCAGUUCUGACGCUGCAAUGUCAGAUGAUCAUUAUGUCAGUCUGGACUGCUUGCUCGCUGAGCAGUAAUGAGAUGAUAUGGGAUCAGCAUUUGAGUUCAUUCACCAAAAUCCUGGACAUAUGCUCCAGAGUGAUUGGCCUGCUUGAGGGCCAGAACAUCAUUCAGCAGCCCUUUUCGAUCGAAUUCGGACUCAUCGCCCCUUUGUACAUGAGCGGCAGGCUCUGUCGCGACCCAUCAGUGCGGCAAAGCAUACUUGAGCUUUUGGGACGGGGUCGACAACAAGAAGGGCUUUGGCAAGCUAAGGUGUGCGCUGCGAUUCUUCGGAGAAUAUACGCCAUCGAGGAUGUCGGCAAGCUGCCAGGUCAACAUCUCCCAUCGGACACUGCUCGACUACGGGCAACGUUGAUACAUCCACGCAAAACAGAUUCAUCGGGGAUAAGAGGAAACGUUGUGCAAUUCUUCCUUACAUCGGAAGACGUAAUGGAGGGUUGGAAUGUGUGGGAAGAAUGGAUUGAAGCUCCUUGA